AAACCUAGUUUAAUAGUGCGAAUAACUUCACCCGAAAGAAAAAACUUCCGACCAUCACACACCCAAUAGAGAUACGCCACGUGUAUCCACUUUUCACUCGAAUCGCCAGCGUUUCAGACUUGUUCAAACAGAGUUUCCCCAAAUCUAUAUAUAUUUAAACCGGACAGGAAAAUAUUUCUAAUAGAACAGCAGCUCUUUCGAGAAGCCAUGGCAAACCCUCCACAGAUUGUAUUGCUUUUACCCUUUCUAUUUUCCGCAGCAGCACUUCUUUCACAUGCCGAAGAGAAAUUCGACGUUCGCAGCCAUUUAUCCACUGUCACCAGAUAUCAUAUCUCGAAGGGUAUUUCUGAGAAUUCAUUUGUUCCCUCGAAUAUUCCUGAUCAGUGUAAACCUAUUCACUUAAAUCUUGUGGCAAGGCAUGGAACUCGCGCUCCUACCAAGAAAAGGAUGAAAGAAUUAGAAUUCUUCGCCACUCGUUUGGGAGUCCUUUUGGAAAACGCGAAGGGGCAGAAAUCCACUGUCAUUCCUUCAUGGUUACGGGGAUGGAAAUCUCCUUGGACAGGAAAGCAUAAGGGUGGAGAGCUGAUUAACGAAGGAGAAACUGAACUGUACGAGCUCGGUAUUAGAACCAGAGAAAAAUUUCCGGAACUAUUUAAUGAGAAUUACCAUCCUGAUGUCUUUCCAAUUAAAGCCACUCAGGUGUCUCGAGCCUCGUCUAGUGCUGUGGCAUUUGGUAUGGGGCUCUUUUCUGAUCGAGGAAAACUUGGACCGGGGCGUCAUAGAGCUUUUGCAGUUACCAGUGAAAGCCGUGCAAGUGAUAUAAUGUUGAGAUUCCACGAUUGCUGUCAAAACUACAAGUCAUUCAGAAAAAGUCAGGAGCCUUCUGUUGAUAAGCUUAAAGAACCCGUACUAAAUGAAAUAACACAAGAAUUAGUUACACGUUGGGGUCUGAAUUUCACACGACGGGAUGUAUCUACCCUGUGGUUUUUAUGCAAACAGGAAGCUUCUUUACUGAACAAAACGGAUCAAGCCUGUGCCCUGUUUACUCCAUCUGAGGUAGGUUUGCUGGAGUGGACAGAUGAUCUCGAUGUUUUCAUGCUUAAAGGCUAUGGUAAUUCAUUGAACUACCAUAUGGGAGUUCCGUUACUUGAUGAUGUCAUCCAGUCGAUGGAGCAAGCUAUUAUGGCUAAAGAAGACGGACUUGUUCCUGGGAGUUAUGAAAUGGCGAGACUAAGGUUUGCUCAUGCAGAAACUCUGCUUCCGUUUUCCUGUUUGAUUGGGCUAUUUCUCGACGGACGUGAGUUUCAGCAAAUACUAAACGAACAACCUUUGCAACCGCCUCUUAAACCUCCCCAGAAGAGAAGCUGGCGUGGCAGCACAGUUGCCCCGUUUGCUGGAAAUAACAUGCUUGUUCUAUAUAGCUGCGGCUCAGCCAACGAGACAAGCAAAUACUUUGUUCAAGUAUUGCACAACGAACGCCCUGUUCAACUGGCUGGUUGCGGAAAUUCGGAUUUUUGCCCAUUUGAGGAGUUUAAGGAAAAAAUAGCUUAUCCUCAUUUGAAGCACGAUUACGAUGCUCUUUGCACAGUGGAGUCUGAAAAACCCAAGCAAACAGCUCCAACUAGUACGUUUUCACGAAUAUUGAGUUGGAUUUUCUCGUCCAGUGCUAAACAAACCAAGGAAUCUGAGUUGUAGAUCGACACGAGGAGAAGCUAAUGUUUCUUUACUUGUUUUUAUCGAACCGUGAUCAAAAUUAAUAAUUGGUCUCGGCUUUCGUGAGGGUGUUAUUCUCAGUUACACUAACAAUUCUCAUUUCAAGAGAUUACAGUUCCCAUGUAGCUGACGAUUUAUUAAUUUCAUAUUCUUCGUUGUAAA